AUGUCUAUAUGGGAACAAAAACUUGAAAAUCUUCCUCAUACAAAGAAUCUUAUAAAGACUAUCAGACUUUCAUUGGAAAAGAUACUAGAAACAGAAGAGAUAAAUGAAAGACUUAAUACGUUAAAAAUGUUGAAAAAAAGGAUAUUUUCCGAAAUUUGUGUCAUAAAAAGGUUUCAUAAUGAAAUAAAUCAGUUAUAUGAAGUACAAAAAGACAUAGAAAGAUCAUUUUCUGAAGCAGAAGCCUUAUGGAUACAAUUAAAGAACCUAGAUAAUAUUGUUUCUCAAAAAUUAAAAGAAAAGAACCUAUAUGAUUAUAAAAAAUGGAAAUCUAAAGCCCAAAAUGAUCUUAAUGAAUAUAAAAAAAUGAGAAUAGAUAAAUUAGAAAAGAAGAAACUAGAUUAUGAUAAACAAUUGAGAAAAUUUAUCCAAGAAAGGAAAACACUGUAUGAAAACAUGGAAUCCAUUCCAUCAUGUUCAAAGGAAAAAGCGCCAAUAGAUUUAGAAGAAGAACUUAAAAAUAUUGAACUUCCUUUAAUAUUAAAUGAAUUAGAAUCUUUUUUUGGAGAAAUUGAAGAACCUAAUAUAACAAAUUUAACAAUAUUCGAAAAAGAUGAUUACAAAAAACAAAAUCCAACAAUUGAUAUUAUAGAAGAUGAAGAUUUCAAUCCUUCAGAAUGA